GUCGGUGGUCUCUCAGUAGGACGCUGUGAGCGCGGAGGGGCAUUUCUCCGGGUUUCCCGAACAGACAGCGGACGCGCAUACGCUUCGUGACCGGGUCGAGAGCGGUGCGGCCAUGCUGCACAGGGUGGCUGUGGUUGGCGCCGGGGCGGCGGGACUCUGCGCGGCCCGACACAUCCUGUCCCGCCCGGACCGCUUCGCUCCCCCGGUGCUGUUCGAGCUCAGCGGCCGCGUCGGCGGCACCUGGUGCUACGAGGAGCGGGUGGGGACGGACGAGCGGGGACUGCCGGUCCACAGCAGCAUGUACAGAGACCUCAGGACGAACCUUCCCAAAGAGGUGAUGAAGUUUCCAGACUUCCCGUUCGAGGAGGAUCUGAGCAGCUUCCUGCCUCAUGAAGAAGUUCUGAGAUACCUGCAGAGCUACUGUGAGAGAUACCAGGUUCACAAACACAUCCGGUUUAAUACUGUGGUUGAGAAGGUGAAUCCUGUUGUCAUGACGACGGAGGAUGGCGAGGAGAAGACGGUCUGGGAAGUGACAUCAUCCGAUAUGUCAGGUCACUGCAGGACCGAGACGUUCGAUUCCGUGUUUGUCUGCUCAGGACACUACUCAGACCCUCACAUCCCAGUCAUCCCGGGAAUCGAACACUUUAAAGGACAGGUGCUCCACAGCCACUCGUACCGGUUCGCAGAGCCGUUCUCCGGUCGCUCGGUGGUGGUUUUAGGAGCCAGAGCUUCAGGGUUAGACAUCUCCAUGGAACUGGCUAAGGCUGGAGCACAGGUGUGUCUCAGUCACGCUCGUCCUCGCUUCACCUUCCCACUGCCCCCGGGGCUCCGACAGUGCAGCGCACUGGAGGCCGUGCAGGAGGACGGCAGUGUUCGAUUCCAGGACGGUGAGGUGGGCGUGGCCGACGUGCUGAUGUUCUGCACCGGGUAUAACUUCACCUUCCCGUUCCUGGACUGCGGCCGGCUGGGGCUGCAGGUGGACGACCACGUGGUGGCGCCGCUGUACCGCUUCCUGCUGCCGCCGGCCUUCCCCUCGCUCUUCUUCAUCGGCCUCUGUAAGAUCAUCCUCCCCUUCCCGCACUUCGACUGCCAGGUGCGCUUCGCCCUGGCGGUGCUGGACGGCUCGGUGACGUUACCGUCCCGGGCUCAGAUGGAGGACGAGGUGCGGCGGCAGCAGCAGGAGAAGAUGGAGCGCGGCGUGGAGCGGCGCCACCUGCUGGUGUUGGACCAGGACCAGUGGGAGUACUGCCAGUCGCUGGCUCGCACAGCCGACUUCCCACCGCUGGACCCGGUGAUCCGAGACCUUUAUCAGGAAGUGUGGCGGCAGCGGAGGAUCCACCCGGAAAACUACCGCCGGAUCAACUACCGGCUGGUGAGCGACACGCGGUGGGAGCUGAAGGAGUGAGAGAGCGGCGAGCGGACUUCGUUAAUGCCAGAUGAACUGUGAAAUCAACAAACUGUCAACUGACUUGAUCAGCUUUUAAUUGUUUUCUGUCAAUCAAGUAGCAAUCCGACAUUUCCAGCUCCUUAAGGAGACCGUGGUUUAUAACAAACUUAACAAAAUGAAAGCCUUAAUCGUGUAAACACAGAAACAUUUCAGAGCUGGCGUCCUUCAUCCUUCUGCUGAUAGGACUCAGUACCUCCAUCAGAAAGGGGGCGCCACAGGGCUCCGUACUCUGUUCACUUCUUUUUGCUUCAGGUGAUUAUUUUUUUCCUGAGAAGUUGUGUACAGUAGUAAAUAGAGGGUUAAAGAAAGUUUGAGUCCUUGAGAGCUCUCUUUCUGGGGAAAUGUGGUCACAAAUGCACUUUGCUUCAUGUUAAUUGGUUCAGGAGCUUGUCUGAAGACGGAGCAUGGAGGAGACUUUUCCAAACAGAGCUUCAGACGUGGAACACUAAAUUGGGUGAAUUAACUGCUGUCUACGGAUUAUUAACAAGCUAAACUGCAUGAAGACACAUUUUCCGGAAGUGUAGCACAUAGCUUGUUGGAGUUUUGAACUGAAUCAGCUGCUUGUAGUGAGUAAUGAGACAGACGGCGCAGCUGCGUCCGAGGUGGAUGGAUGAGUAAUCUCUUCAGACCACACAACUCUGAAAAGCUCCUCUCUGAAUUUUUGUCGCUCUCGCUGGUUUGGAGAGCGAGUCAGUUCUGAUAUGAGGAGAUUAUACAAAGACUAUUGUCUUCUGUAAAAAAAAACAAGUGCCUUUAAAAGAAUAAAGCCCUUCGGACUGUCAGAAGUCCUUCCUGUUGAAAUGUUCUACACUCCUCGAUGUCUCCAACAUGUUUUAGAUGUUAAAAUCUUUCACUCAUGUAAAGUUAGAGGAGAGUAAAUCUUUAU